AUGGCCGACGCCGAGAUGGACGUCGACGUUCAGCCUGCCGACACCAAGGGCAGCAACGAGGCGCGCACCAAGGAUGACGCCGUGGCCGUGCGCUCGAUCGAAGGCUGGAUCAUCAUCGUCACCAACGUCCACGAGGAGGCCAGCGAGGAGGACCUGACGGACAUGUUUGGCGAGUUCGGCGAGAUCAAGAACCUGCACCUCAACCUGGAUCGUCGUACUGGUUAUGUCAAGGGCUACGUGUUGGUUGAGUACCCGACCAUGGCCGAGGCUAAGGCGGCUAUCGAGGGCGCCGACGGCAAGAAGCUGCUCGACCAGACCAUCUCCGUCGAUUACGCUUUCGUGCGCCCGCCGCCCAAGCAGGCUGGUGGCCCGCGCGGCGGCGGCCGUGGACGCGGCAGGCCGAGGAGCAGGAGUCCUGAGGACCGGGACCGCGGCCGCAGUAGGAGCCCGGAGGACAUGAGGGACGAUGCCGAGUGA